GCGGAAUUAAACUGUACUUUGAUCAAAGUUUUGCUAGCAGCCAACGAACCGUCAGAAAAACCGUUUGACUUUGCCAGACGUUUGAAACUAUAUUAUUAUUAUUAUUUUAUUUAAAUACUGACGUUAGACAAUGAAGAGAAGGUCCGUUAAACAGACUGAUUCAUCUUCCGGUGUCAGUGAAGCUCAGAGGAGUGACAGAGCCCAGAGGAAGGAGGGGACAUCGUCAGGAUGGUGGCUGAAAAGAGGCUUAUUGGCCGCCUUUGUUAUCUUUAUUUUGUUGCCUUUCUCGCUCAGAACCCUCCCAGAAUUAAUCCAGCACCUUGUUUACACUCACAGAGUCAGGGUGCCGUUCUUCAUCGACCUUGGCCGACCCGCUGAUCUCUCCCUUAAUCACACCAUCAACAUGUACUUAACAUCAGAGGAGGGAAUCUCCCUCGGCGUAUGGCACACAGUCCCUGAAAGUCAGUGGAAAGAGGCACAGGGGAAGGAUCUGGCGUGGUACCAGAACGCUUUAAACGAUGGAAGUCCGGUUUUCAUAUAUCUUCAUGGGAACACUGGCACACGGGCAGCCACUCAUCGGGUGGGAGUGGCAAAAGUAUUGAGUGCACUUGGUUACCACGUGCUGGUGCCUGACUACAGAGGGUUUGGAGACUCCACCGGGGAGCCGACUGAGGCCGGUCUGACCACUGAUGCCCUCUACUUGUACAACUGGGUCAAAGCACGCAGUGGAAACAGCCUGGUCGUCAUCUGGGGACACUCUCUGGGCACCGGAGUGGCCACUAACACUGCAGUUAAACUGGUCGAGCAAGGUGUGGUGUGUGAUGGUGUGAUCCUGGAGGGAGCGUUCAACAGCGCUCGACAGAAGAUUCCAGUUAAUCCUUUUAUUUGGUAUUACUGGAAACUUCCAGGCACUGGGUACUUGUUCCCAGAGCCGUGGGCAGAUAACAAGGUCGUCUUCCCCACUGAGGAAAAUCUGAAGAAAAUGAAAAGCCCGAUACUCUUCCUCCAUUCAGAGGACGAUCACCUAGUUCCCAUUCAGAUUGCUCAGCAGAUGUACGAGGUAGCGGUGAGCGCCCAGAAUGCCGAGCGAGUCAAGCUGGUGUCAUUCGACGGCUCUCUGGGGUAUCUGCACAACGGCUUAUACAGAGACGCCCAUCUGCCCGACAUCAUAAAGAAGUUUGUGCUGUCGCUGUAACGUGAGCGAGAGACGACUGAAACAGGACAAACUGCCACAUGCAUUUUAUUUCACUGUUUACUGUAUUGUAGAAUGUUUGUAUUAAUCGUUUGUUAAUUUAAGAAUGGAUGCCAAAGUUGCUGUUUUUAAAUCAGUUACAGUCACUUUUAUCAAAUCUGAAAAUGAUUUAUUCUGAUUUAACAGAGGAAAAAUCUAAACGUAUCAGGAUGAGAUGUUACUACAGUAGACGCCCUAUAUAUAUAUCGCUUUCUCAUAUAUUAUUAAAAUAAUCUCAGUUUAUUUGUUAUUGCAGUUUAUUACAAUAAAUCUUAUGAUACUUCCUGUGAA